CGCGUUCCCGAUGCCCCUCGAGAUAGACCCGCGGGUGCUGCCACCAUACUUCCUGCCGGGAAAGGAACCACUGCCGCCAGGCUUCAGCGAAGAUGACCGGGCCAUGAUGAUGGAGCAGCAGAAGAUGAACCGCACAAUGGAACGUGUCCAGGAGUCCUGCGCGGUCAAGACUGUCCUCGCCGGUGUCGGUGGUAUGGCAAUCGGCAUGUUCUUCUCCAUGCUGUCAACGGGCUUCGCGUACGAGGAUCCGACCCUCCGCGACCAGCACGCACAGCUAGCACGACAUCAAAAGGCAGGGGCUAUCAUCAAGGAUAUGGCAAAGUCCGCCUGGUCAUCUGGUAAGGGCUUUGCCAAGGUCGGCGCGCUCUAUGCGGGCAUCGAGUGCGUAAUCGAGUCGUAUCGUGCGAAGAACGACCUCACGAACUCCGUGACCGCGGGGUUUCUGGCUGGUGGUAUAUUGGCGCGCAAUUCGGGGCCGAAGGCAGCGUUCAUGGGAGGCGUCGCGUUCGCCGGCUUCUCAGCAGCCAUCGACAUGUACCUCAGAAGAGAACCGCCAGACGAGGACUAGUUGACUCGAUCUCGGCAGUGCCCCACCUCGCUACCCACUCCCUGUUCACGACAGGUCAUGCUAUCCGUAACGACGCCCUUUCGGGACGCGUGAAGCCACCACUAAUGCGCUCGGCGCGUCACACCACCACUCAUCGCUCGCGCGCGCUAUAUAUCAUAUGUUUCUCAUUAAUGAAUAGAGGGUCGGGAUUCUGGUGUGUAUCCCCCUGCCCUACACAUCCCUAUGAGUGAUAGACACACGACGCGUGUCUAUAAUCUGGGUCACUGUUGAAAUAUAAGCUCCCUUGGUCGUCCGACCCUCGAAGCUCGUCUUCGACACCCUCAUCAAGAUCCUCUUCGUCUUCAGCACAAUGAACGAUCGAGCUGCCGUCGACGUCCUUCUCCCUCGCUUGUCCCGCACCCUGGGCCGUAAAACG